AUGGACAAUGGGAAGGCGGGGGACGACGAGGCACCGCAACCAUCGCCCGUGAUGUCCCAGUUCGAGGACCUGGAGGCGAUCACGGAACCCACCCCAGAGCCAAGUACAUCAGCCCUUCGUCAUGACAACCCAAAUAGGGAACUAUCGCCCGAACCUGAUCAGGACCUAAAUACAUCGCGUGGUACACAUCAGGUAUGGCUGGUCAAGGUCCCCAAGUUCCUCAUCGAUGGUUGGAGUCGCAUACAGCAGGAUGAUCUACGGCUAGGCACUGUACGCGUGUAUGAUCCCGAUGAAAGCGGCCAGCAGAAGAUGGAGCUGCUUCUUCCCGAGGCACCUUUGCCCGCCAUUCCUGUGGAAGACCUUUCUGCGCGUGCGGAAUUUGCGAAUAUUCCGCGUCAUUAUGAUAUGCGUCUGACAUCUACGACGCAAGAAACGUACGAGAAAAAUCUGUAUGCCUUCCAAGAAGAAGUAUUGGACGACGACGAUGUGGCCAGCGAGCUUGGCGUAGAUGAGGAUAUCGUGAUGAACGAUCUGUCCGACUCCAAGCGCCCACGAUCGUCCGGACCUGCACGCUUAUCGACCAAGCGGAAAAGACUUACCUAUCUGACAGGUACUGUCACAAACGAAACAGCCCUCCAGCCUCAGCGUACGACAACACAGACGACUGCUGAUUCCAAAAAUCUGGUAAAGGGUGGCGUUUCGCGGUCGCUUCUUACGCCCGAAUAUCGUGAAAUUCUUCGUCAGCGUCGCAUGGACGCCUCGAAGCCCAAGCGCACUGUUAUAAUGAUGGACGAUAUGGACGCUGGUAGCAACAACAUGCUGGCCGCUGGUGUCGGCAAAGGCCAUAUUAAAAACCGCGCAGCCAACAUUGUCAUGGCUGCGUCGCAAGCUCGGUCCAAAGAAGCACCCGAAAAGUUUGCUCGUAUGCCACGCAACGAACUCUUGGAUCUAUUGUUCAGCCUGUUUGAUCGCUACAAGCACUGGUCGCUUAAGCGUCUUCGUGAAGAAACGCAGCAACCGUACGUGUACCUUCGCGAAGUGCUUGCCUCCAUCGCGGACCAGCAUCACAAUGGUCCCUAUGCCGGCUCCUGGAGCUUGAAGCGUGAAUACAGUGAAGGUCAGCGUACCUCUACAAGCACCACUGCUACGGGUGGAACAUCAAGCAUCAACAAAGAUGCACCGAAAGAGGACUUUGACGAUGUUGUAUAA